AUGAGUUUAUGCAAGCACUGCAUCCAAGGCGUACGCCACGAGGGUGAGCCCCUGGGAAAACUCGAGACUAUCGGCGGUGUCCCUUGCUACGUCGCUACCCCUGCUGUCGACUACCCCAAGGACAAAGUCAUUCUCUUCCUGCCGGACGUCUUCGGCAUCGAGCUCAUCAAUGCCAAGCUCCUCAUUGAUGACUUUGGAAACAAUGGCUUCAAGGUCGUUGGUAUCGACUACCUCAACAACGAUGCUCUUCCCGCUGAUGCCCUGAAUUCUCCCACAUUCGACUUGGGGAAAUGGUUCGGAGGCCAUGGCGCCGAUAAAACCCGCCCACCCCUCGACAAGGUCAUCGCCGCACUCAAAGAGGAAGGUGUCACCAAGUUCGGGGCCACUGGUUACUGCUUCGGUGGUCGCUACGUCUUUGAUCUUGCGCUCGAAAACGUCAUCCAGUGCGCCGUCACCUCCCACCCCUCACUCUUAAAGAUCCCUGACGAUCUCAAGAAAUACCUUGCCGACGCAAAGGCACCUCUCUUGAUAAAUUCCUGCGAGACCGAUCAACAGUUCCCUAUAGCAGCUCAAGCACAGGCCGAUGAAAUUCUGGGCAACGGGAAAUUCGCCCCAGGAUACAAGCGCGAGUAUUUCCCAGGCUGCACACACGGGUUUGCCGUCCGUGGGGACAUGUCAAUCCCAGAGGUCAAGGCUGGGAAAGAGGGAUCGUUCAAGGCUUCUGUCGAGUUCUUCCUUGAGCACCUGUGA